GCAGAUUAUUGCUGCACGAGCAGAUGCUGCUGAGACAAAAGUGCUUUUUUGUAUGUUUACAACUUUUUUGGAGAUUGCACGCAAUUUUCUUUUAGUUAUAAAAGAAUAAAGGGCAAAAAGAAAAAGUCCACUUAUUUGGAGAAAGGAACGAACGAGCUUAUUUUGGGAAAAGGAGUGCCAAGAAUGUAGCGAUUUAGAUUUCAAGAACAUCUUCCGCUUGGAAAGGCGGUCCUUCUUCGAAUUGUGUGACAUUUUGAAAAGUAUCGGAAAAGAAGAUACCAAUUACCGCAAGGCUAUUACCCUUGAAAAGCGUAUCGCUAUUGCGCUAUAUGCACUUGGUUCCUCUGCAGAGUACCGAACAGUUGCAAGUUUGUUCGGUGUGUCCAAUUCUAGCGUAUGCAGAAUUGUUAGAGAAUUUUGUGCUGCGGUUUGGAAUGCUUUGAAACCUAAUUAUCUGAAUUAUUUUCCAUUAAAUGAGACGGUGGCUCAGAAUAUUGUAAAUGAUUUUAACAAUAUGGGAUUUCCACAAUGCAUUGGAGCGUUAGGUAUGAUGAGAUGCAAAUAAUAUUGAGAUUUAUAUUAAUAUAAAUGUGUAUAUGUACAUAAAUAAAAUUAGAUGGAUGAUAUUGAAGUCAAACCAAAAAAAGAGGACGCUGUGGACUACUACAACUAUAAAGGAUGGUAUUCUGUGGUGCUGUUGGCUUUAGUUGACUCAAGGUAUAGGUUUCUAUAUAUAAAUGUUGGCAGUCCAAGAAGAUGCAACGACUCUGGAAUUUAUGAAAGUUCCUCAUUAAAAGCAGAACUAUUGCGUUGCAAGUUGCUUUAUGAUCAACGGAAAUCUUUUAACAAUGUGGAAAUUCCAUUAGUUAUUAUAGCAGACUCAGCUUUUCGUUUGUCGCGCAACGUUCUUAAGCCGUUUCCAUUUAAUGUGGAAAGUACAGCUGCACAACGCGAAUUCAACUACCGCCUUUCUCGUUGCCGCAGGGUUGUUGAAAAUGCAUUUGGCUAUUUGAAGGCCAGAUUUCGACGCAUUGGAAAAGGGUUGGAUAAUCGUAUCGAUAAUACAAACGCUUUAAUAAAAGCGUGCUGCGUACUUCACAACUUUUUGAUUUCACAGAGAGCUUAUAUUACCGACACCUGGCUUCCUGAUCCUGGCUCCAUGACUGAAGAGCAAAGUAGAGUUGUUCCACUGAACGAAAGAAGACUUAACCUAGGAGACUGCUACCGAAACGCUUUAAGCCAACACUUUGCCCAAGACCCAAUUCAGACUUCAAUUUAAACAUUAA